GUUUGUCGAUAUCUGCUUUGUAUCACUUUCUCUCACGUGUAGUUUGUUUAUUUGUAUCGCUAUUUAAGCUGGGGUUGUUGUUUACAAAAGUGAACUAAUCCAUCUACGAGGAUAUCGUCUCUCUCAACAGACGAGCAAUCAUAGUCGAAGACGUGAACCGCCCAGCAUGAAGGGCGUACAGGAUAUGAAGCGCAAACUCUCCUCCGUCGCCAUCCACAAAAAAGGCGACGAAGAAGACGACAACAGCAGCCCAUCCAAGAAGCUCCGCAGCUCAGCGCCCCCAGACGCCGACGUCGACACCUCCCGCCCAACCGCCCUAUUCAAGCCCACCAAAGCGCGAGACUGGACCGUAAGCAUCGCCCUCCCAGGAAGCUGGCUCCUCAACGCCAAAAAGCCCGACCACAAAACCAUGCAAGUCGGUCGCAUAGCGCGCGCCGCAGCCGUAUUCUGCGUCGACGAAGUCAUCGUAUUCGACGACGACCCGGGCAACACAGCCCCAAGCUACAUCUCGCCCAACUACCUGCGCAAAGCAAAGGGCAAGAAGACAAAGCAGGAGCUGCUCGAUUCCAUCCUGGAGGAAGACGAGCCGUGGCAGAAUCCAGACCAGUUCUUGUACCAUGUGCUGUCGUUUGCAGAGUGUCCGCCGCACCUGAGACACAACCACGAGGAUCCCAGUCUGAGUAUCUUCCAAGUGCACAAGAACCUCGAAUGGGCCGGCUGUCUGCCUAGCAUGGAUAUGCCGCACCAUCUGCGCGGCCACGAAUGGUGUCGAUACCGCGAAGGCGUCGUCAUCGGUCCCGCCCCCGCCCCCCCUUCAUCAUCAUCAACCCCCAAAUCCAAAUCCAAAAAGACAAAGACCCCCGCCCCAGAACCCCAGCAACACGUCUACGUCCACUGCGGCCUGCCCCACCCCGUCCGCGUAUCCGCCCCCGCCUCCGCCCCCAUAGAACCCGGUAUGCGCACAACCGUCCGCUUCACCACCCCCUCCGCCCCACCAUCCUGGCCACACCUCUCGCAAUCCGCCUGCGAAUCCCUAGCAGCCACAGCCUGCGAGUCCAGCCUCCCACGCCAAGAAGCAGGCUACUACUGGGGCUACACGGUCCGCCGCGCCGCGUCCCUCAGCGCCGUCUUCUCCGAGUGCGAAUUUCCCGACGGCUACGACUACACGAUCGGCACGUCGGAGCGCGGCGUCGACGUGCGCGCCGUGUUGCCGGGCGGGGACCACGCCGCGCCCCAGAAGUUCAAGCACCUACUACUCGUGUUUGGCGGCGUGGCGGGACUGGAGCCCGCGGUUGCGAAUGAUGCAAUGCUCGUGGAGAAGGGGCUUGGUAAGGCGACGGCGCAUACGCUGUUUGAUGCGUGGGUUAAUCUCGUGCCUGGGCAGGGGAGUCGGACGAUUCGGACGGAGGAGGCGGUGGAGUUUGGGCUUUGUGCGCUGAAGCCGUAUGUGGAUUCUAUGUAUGGGGGUGAGUAGGAGGUUUGGCGGUGGAUGGGGAGGCGAGGGCGUGUUAUUUUGGCUGGUGGGAUUGCUGUGUACGGUGAUGCAUAGGGGGUAUGUGGGUUGAGAAGGAAGAGGCAAUUCCAUACGAUCCGCAAUUCACUCAGCACCAACUUUCCAUGACGC